AUGUGUGAACAGACUAGUCCUUCGAAGGAGCAACCAGAAGCUUCUACUAAAAACUUCUUACCACAGGGGAAGUAUUUAAAACCGGAUGAAAUAGAGUAUGAAUUCGGUGGGAUUCCUGGGGUAUUGGGAAUGUUGAUUGGGUUUCCUCUAUUGAUGUAUUAUAUGUGGUUGAGUGCUGAAUUCUAUAAUGGAAAACCUGCGUUACCUGCACAAGAUCAAACAUGGAUGGAGUUCUUGAGAGAACUAUAUAACUUAUUCUUAGAGAAUGGGGUUCCUUCUACUUAUAUAUGGACUGUAUUCUUAUCCUUCUGGUUAAUUCAAAUUGUAUUCUAUUAUACUCUACCAGGUAUUUGGACAAAGGGUCAACCCUUAACUCAUUUGAAAAAUAAGCAAUUACCAUAUUAUUGUAAUGCCAUGUGGGCUCUUUAUUCCACUACUGUGUUGGUUAUUGUUUUACAUUAUACAGACAUCUUCAAAUUAUAUACAAUUAUCGACUACUUCGGUCAAGUUAUGACUUGUGCCAUCGUCUCAGGUUUCACUUUCUCCAUUGUGCUUUAUAUAUGGACUUUAUUUGUCACACAUGAUUACCAUAGAAUGACUGGAAACCAUUUGUACGAUUUCUUUUUGGGAGCUCCAUUGAAUCCUCGUUGGGGGAUCUUGGAUUUGAAAAUGUUUUUCGAAGUUAGAUUACCUUGGUUCACUCUAUAUUUCAUCACUCUUGGUGCAUGUCUCAAACAAUAUGAAACAUUAGGUUACAUCACCCCACAAUUGGGUGUCUUACUCUUAGCUCAUUGGCUUUAUGCAAAUGCCUGUGCUAAAGGGGAAGAAUUGAUUGUGCCUACCUGGGAUAUGGCUUAUGAAAAAUUCGGAUUCAUGCUAAUCUUUUGGAAUAUUGCAGGUGUUCCUUACACUUAUUGUCAUGGUACUUUAUAUUUGUAUUGGCAUAAUCCAGAAGAAUAUAAUUGGAGCUGGCAAUAUAACGUAUCUCUAUAUGCUAUCUUAUUGAUUGCUUAUUAUUUCUUCGAUACUGGUAAUGCUCAAAAGAAUGCUUUUAGAAAACAAAUGGCCGGUGACAAAUCAAUUAGAAAGACUUUCCCUUUCUUACCUUACCAAAUCUUGAAAAAUCCAAAAUACAUGAAAACUUCGAAUGGCUCAUACUUAUUGAUCGAUGGGUGGUAUAAAUACGCAAGAAAGAUCCAUUACACAGCAGAUUGGACUCAAUCUUUAGUUUGGGCUUUGACUUGUGGACUCAAUUCACCAUUCCCUUGGUUCUUCCCUGUUUUCUUUUUGGUCGUUUUGAUCCAUAGAAACCUAAGAGAUCAAGCAAAAUGUAAGAAGAAGUAUGGCAAGGAUUGGAUCGAAUACUGUAAGAAAUGUCCUUAUGUUUUUAUUCCUUAUAUUUAUUAA